UGCGCCAGAGCGGGCUGACGACAGGCGAAGGGGCGUUGGGGCGGGGCGCGGCUUGAUUUCAAACCGGGCGGCGGGGAAGUCGGCGGCGUUUGGGCCCGUCGCCGCGAUGGCUAAACAAAUCGGCCGGGACCAGCAGGGCAUCACCCUGCGGGGCAGCGCCGAGAUCGUCGCCGAGUUCUUCUCCUACGGGAUCAACAGCAUCCUCUACCAGCGGGGCAUCUACCCCCCCGAGACCUUCACCCGCGUCCAGAAGUAUGGGCUCACCCUCCUCGUCACCACCGACCCCGAGCUGAAGAACUACCUCAACAACGUGGUGGAGCAGAUGAAAGAGUGGUUAUACAAGUGCAUUGUGCAGCGCUUGGUGGUGGUGAUCUCGAGUAUCGAAAACAACGAGGUUCUUGAGAGGUGGCAGUUUGACAUAGAGUGUGACAAAGCUGCAAAGGAUGAGAGUACACCCCGAGAAAAAUCUCAGAAAGCUAUUCAGGAUGAAAUUCGAUCUGUUAUCAGACAAAUAACUGCCACAGUAACUUUUCUGCCUUUGCUGGAAACUGCCUGUGCCUUUGACUUGCUGAUUUACACAGAUAAAGACUUGGCAGUGCCAGAAAAGUGGGAAGAGUCAGGACCACAAUUCAUAGCCAAUUCAGAAGAGGUUCGUCUUCGCUCUUUCACUACUACAAUCCACAAAGUGAAUAGUAUGGUAGCUUACAAGAAGGAUUCAUUUCCUUAAGAUGUGCUUUUUGUCAUCUGUAUGUUGUCUGGUGUAGCUGCCCUGUGACCAAACUAAGUAAUGAAUAGAAUCCAGUUACUGUGGCUCAGACAAGGAGUAUAAUACAGAAAGAAGACAAAGCAUUUGUCUAUGAUUACAGAUACUGAUGAUCUGUGAUGUCACACUAGUGUAAGUUGUCAUCCUUUUCAAGAGGUAUAUAAAGGAUAUAACUACUAGAAACCACUUGUUACAGUGAACAGCAUGUACCAAGUUAAUAGUGUGUUAAGUUAUGCUGAAUUAGCUAGAGACACUACCUAAAGGUAAGAUCAGUUAGUGGAACUAUCUUAAAAUCUUAAGUUACAGGAUCUUAAGAUUAACAUAUAUAGUGUUCCAUUAGCACUCUUAAAAAUCUCUUGGCAUUUAAAAACCUUGCUCCUAUACACAAAUUUUUCAUGGUAAAAGUCUCAGUUGUUGUGUUACCAUGAACAAUCUUACAGCUAAUCAACAGAAAAAUUCUAUGUAUAAAUUACUUGUACCUGAACCAUUAAAAGCAGCUGUUCAUCAGAAAAAUCAAAUGCACAAAGCUUUGUAUAUUAAUUAGUCUUCUGGACUAUCUAGUUUUGGGGAUGUUGUUUGAGGUUGGUGUAUAUUUCUUCAGUGUCUGUCAAAUAUCUGUGUGUAUUUGUGUUUUUAUAGAAUAAAGCUUGAAAACUUG